ACUCUCAAAUCACACAGCUUGGUAUAAAUUUAAUUAAGAACAAAAUGAAGUUUUGGGCAGUGGUUUUGUUUAGUGUCUUGUCUCUAACAGGAGCAUUGGCACAAGAUGUUGGUGCUCUUGUUAGUAAAGACAUGUUUGAGAAAAUGUUAUUGCAUCGCAACGAUGCGAAUUGUCAAGCCAAAGGAUUCUAUACUUAUGAUGCUUUUAUAGCAGCUGCGAGGUCCUUUGGAGCUUUUGGAACUACUGGAGACACCAACACUCGAAAGAAGGAAAUUGCUGCAUUUUUGGCUCAAACUUCUCAUGAAACUACUGGGGGGUGGGCAACAGCUCCGGAUGGUCCAUAUUCAUGGGGAUACUGCUUCAAGCAAGAACAAGGCAACCCUCCAGAUUACUGCGUCGCAAAUCAACAGUGGCCUUGUGCUCCUGGUAAAAAAUACUUUGGUCGAGGUCCCAUCCAAAUAUCCUACAACUACAACUAUGGACCAGCAGGAAAAGCCAUAGGAGUGGAUUUGUUGAAGAAUCCAGAUGCUGUUGCAAAUGACCCAGUGGUUUCAUUCAAGACAGCUGUGUGGUUCUGGAUGACACCCCAACAACCAAAGCCAUCGGCACACGAUGUGAUUACUGGUACAUGGAAACCAUCAGGAGCUGAUUCAUCUGCUGGUCGUGUCCCUGGCUAUGGUUUAAUCACCAACAUUAUCAAUGGAGGAAUUGAAUGUGGAAAAGGUUCUAAUCAAAAUAUGGAGAAUAGAAUUGGGUUUUACAGGAGAUACUGUCAGAUUCUUGGAGUCGAUCCUGGCAACAACUUGGACUGUGGUAAACAAAGGCCUUUUGGGCAGUAGACGCCUUAAAUAAAGUCUGCUAAGUUAGUCGUCUAAUUUAGACUGGAAAAGUUGCUACCAAAUAUGUGUGUGUGUACUUUCGUGUUCCAUAAUGAGGCGUAAAUAAAGUUUGGUUCAUCCAAACUAAGAUCUCUGCCUAUCUAUGUAUACGUUAUACAGUGAUUAAUAUACCAGUGCUUUGUGUUA